UGGCGCACCGCCUUCUUACCUCCCAUCGUCUCCCUCCCAACCCGAGCGUGGAGGAGAGGGGGAGAAGGGGAGCUCGAAGUGAUCUCCUGGUGAUCAUCGAUUGGGAUGAAGAUGGCUCGGUCCAAGUAUGUCCUCGCUUUUGUCUUCUUCGUCACGUUCGGGAUGAUUGUGGGUUCUUUGUUUCAAUUGGCAUUUAUCUGGCAAUUGGAAGAAUCAUCUGGCACUUCUCAUUGGGAAAAUGACAAGGAAACUAUUCUGGUUCAUCAUGGAUCUGUAAGACCUGAAAUCCUCAGCUGGUCACCACGAAUUAUUCUUUUUCAUAAUUUCUUAAGCAUGCAGGAAUGUGAUUAUCUUAAAGCAAUUGGUAGACCUCGCCUAGCGGUCUCCAUGGUGAUAGAUGACGAAACGGGGAAGGGUAUAAAUAGUAAGGUUCGAACAAGUUCUGGUAUGUUUCUAACUUCAGAAGAGCAAAAUUUGCCAAUUAUACAGGCUAUCGAAAACCGGAUUGCUGUGUUUUCUCAAAUUCCUGCAGAAAAUGGUGAGCAAAUGCAAGUACUAAGGUAUAAACAAAGUCAGUUUUACAGUGUACAUUCUGAUUACUUCACUAACAUUACUCACAUAAAGAAAGGAGGCCAACGUGUAGCGACGAUGCUAAUGUAUUUAAACGAUGAUGUUGAAGGGGGUGAGACCUACUUUCCAAUGGCCGCAGCGGGUGAAUGCAGUUGUGGAGGAACGAUGGUUAGGGGGCUUUGUGUGAAGCCAAGCCAAGGGGAUGCACUUCUUUUCUGGAGCUUGGGGCUUAAUGGAAGACUUGAUCCACACAGUUUGCAUGCAGGAUGUCCAGUACUAAGUGGGGAGAAGUGGUCAGCCACAAAAUGGAUGAGGGAAAGUACUUUACGUUGAUUUUUCCUUACAUUUAUGUUUUUCACACUAAAAUAAAUAGCAUGUACGGUGGUCCAACUAACUAGUUCUUACCCACAACCUGCUUGAUGAAAAGGAAGCAACGUACGACAUA